AACGCUCGAAUUUCACUCGAAAAAUCUCUUAAAAGUUUUCCAGAAAAAGAAUUGAUUCAACUUUCAAGGCUAGUUUCAAUUCAAGGAAUAUAUUCCGCGUUUAAACAAGCACCAAUUAUUUCUAGGUUGAUCGAACGCUAUAUUAAAUUAUCAUUUGCUGAUGAUUUGGACAUUGAUUUUUCCUUACCGCACGAAAUUUUGUUACGUGAUGAUAUAGAAUUAUCAGGAUUAAUGGAAUAUGAGUUGCGUGUGUUAAAAGCAUUUGAGGAUAAAUUGAGUAGUUCAAAGGUGGAAACACUUUUAAUUGAAAAAUUAUUGAUGUUGUAUUGUCGUGAGGAAUUUCCAAUUCGCAGGGCCAGGGUGUUGAUUGAAAAAUCUAAAGUAAUGAAGUAUAAAGAAAUAAAUAUGGAAAUGGUAGCUAUGGUAUUGGCAGAAGAAGCAUUGGAGUUAUUAAAAUCAGAUGAUGCAAGGCAGGAUACUUCACUUUUACACCUUCGUCCACAUUAUUUAGCCAUUGCAUAUUCUUGGAUUGGAAUAUUGACUUUUGAAUCUGGAAAGAAAGCUAUUGAUGCAUUUAAACGUGCUUUGACUAUCUGGAGAAGUAUUUUGGCAAACAUUCCUUUAUGUUUCAAUGGAAAUACUGCUUCACAACUUGAUAUUGAGAAUGCAAAAAAAAAUAUUGAUGAUGUGGAAAGAUUCUACGGACAUCUUCAAAUGCUUGCUGACUUUUUUGGAAUGUCUAAUCAGCCAAUUAAUCGUAUUUUGACAUUAAAGUUGAUGUUGGGACUAAAUAAUGGUAUCAGAGAUGGUGUAGAAGAUUCUAAUUCAGAUAUAGUAGCUUUAUAUAUCCAAAUUGGUAAAAUAUAUCUUACCCUUGGAUAUACUGGCAAAUCUGGACUGGCGUUUUCGCAAGCGAAAGCCAUUCUUGAUUCGAAUAGGUGUGUUGAUGAGACUUUUUCCGAUCGUAGAGUUGUACAAAAUGAUGCCCGUCAUAGAAAACAUGAACAAUGGUUGAUUGCGGAUGCUAAUUUGACGCGCUCGUAUAUUUCAAUACGCUUGGGUAUCUUGGAAGAUGCCAUUGUUUAUUGUACAGAGGCUGUUCGACUGCUUAACAGAAUGAUGAGGAGUAUUAGAAGUUCAAGGAGUUUAAAGGAACCAAUGAAUUCGACUAUCAAUCCAUUUCUUGUUGAUCAAACAAAAACAGACAAUAAUGGUAUAAUUAAUGAUAAUAAUCAUACCGGUGGAUUUUUGACAUUAUCAGCACAACGCUUGCAUUGGCGUGUGACUCAUAGAUUUCUGGAAUGUUUUGAGCAACUUGGUCGGCUUUAUAUGCUACGUGGAUGCGUAAAAGAGGCUAAUUAUUUUUUCAAAGAAGCUUUAAAUUUGACUCAAGUUGUAAAAGCAAGUUCAGCUAUGAGUCACAUUUUAUUGAAUAUGGCUGAAUUAGAAUACCGAAAAUAUUGUUGGAAUGAAAGUAAAGAAAAAUUAGAGAAAGCAUUAGAAUAUCAACAGAAGGUUGAUGUUUUCCAAAAAGAAGUAGCCUUAGCAAACUUGUGUCUAGGUGACUUUGAAUAUCGAGAAGGUGAUUUUAAAUACCGACAAGGCGAUUCCGAAAUUCAAAUACAUUGUUAUAAAUCUGCAUUCGAAUUCUAUCAACGUGCAAGUGAUAUUUUGGCUGAUAUUAUGAAAGAAGAUUACAUAAUGAACCUUGAAUACACUGAUGCGAGCGUAUUUCAAACGCCAACAUGUAAAAAAUUUGUCUCGAGUUAUCCGACUACGCCAAUUUCUAAAAUUUCGGAAGAUGGCAAGCAAAUCAUUUGUGCUGUUCAAUAUGAAUGCUUUUUACUUUCGUAUAUGAAAAGCGAAUUAUUUCGUCGUCAAGGUUGGAUGCUAAGUAAACAAGGAAAUGUCGUUGAGGGUAUUGAAUUAAUUGAACUCAGUUCAUAUUCAAAUCAAUCAUGCCUUGAAAAGGCAGAGUAUUUAUUUGUAUUGUGCAAAGCUCAUAUUAUUAAUAUAAAUGGUAAGCUAAUGAACCAAAACCGUUUGGUAUUUGAUAAUGUUCGAGAUUCCGUACUUUCACUUCCUUUGAUGGGAAAAUCGAAUAAAAAAAAGCUACGAAGAACUGUUAAAUCAAAGACAGAAAUUUCAUCUCAAUUGUUGGAGGAAAUUGAUCAAGUAAUUGAAUAUCUAACAAAGAUUUAUGAUCUGGCCUAUGAAUGUGGACCGACGCAAUUAUUGCAAGAAACUUCACUAUGCAUUACAAUGAUGAUUAUAAUCAAAUCAUAUGGACAAAAUCAAACCUUUGAUCAGUCUGAAGUAGCAACUAUGUGUGCUUACUACUUAGCACUUACGACAAAAAGGCAAAUGAUUGCUAUUUUAAAUGAAAAAUUGCGAUUAUCCCUGACAUAUGACGAUAUGCAAUGGCCAAACCCAAUUAAAAAAUCACCGUGUUUAGAGGAUGAAAAAAUUGGAUUUCAAAAGGAUUUUUUGAAAAUUAUAUCUAAGCAAUAUACAAAGGAAUUAUCAUUGACUUAUAAUCAGUUUCAAUCUGAAUUUUUGGAUAUUUUGCCGCACAAUUGGGUUGUCUGUUCAAUUUCUAUUGAUAUUGAAACAAAUGAUAUGUACAUUUGUCGAUACCGAAAGAAAACAUCACCUUUAUUAUUAAGAUUACCUUUGAAACGUCAAUCGAUUAGAGAAGGAUAUGAAGAGGGCUUUACCUAUAGUGAUGCGAUUAAAGAAUUUAAUUAUAUUUUGAAUUUAAGUAAUCAAACUAUGCGAUCUGGUAAAAUGUUACAAACUAAACAUGAAAAAGUAGAAUGGUGGAAAGAAAGGUCUCAAUUGGACUUGCGACUUAAAGUGUUACUUGAUAAUAUUGAAGAUUGCUGGCUUGGUGGCUUUAAGGGAAUUUUAAUGGCAAAUACGCAAGAGAAUCCUAGCCAAAUUAAUCGCUUUAAAAAUAAAAUGGACAAUCUAAAUUUUAGAUGCAAUAUUCGUAAACCAUUUACUAAACAUCAAAUAAAGAAUAGCCUUGAUAUUGAUGUAGAGUUAUAUAAAUCGUUACUUCGUUUAGGGGCAAAUCCCAAAGACCAAGAUAUUGAAGACGUCCUUUAUUUCCUUGUGGAUGCAUACAAUAAAUGUAAUGACGAACAGAUUGGAUAUGAUGAAAUUGAUUGGGACCAACUUACAAUAGAAGUUCGACAAAUAUUAUUUGAGAUUAAUUCGGUUGAUUCUCCCCAAGCUGAUGACCAGCAUGUGAUUUUGAUUCUCGAUAAGAAUGUUCAAAUGCUGCCGUGGGAAAGUUUACCAUGCUUGCGGUCUCAGGCUGUUUCGCGAUUACCUUCUUUAUCAUUUUUAAGAGAUCGUAUAAUGCUGACAAAUCAUAUAAAUAAUAAACAAAGCGAGUCAAACAUUUCGAACUAUGUUAUUGACCAACGUAAAACUUUUUAUGUUCUAAAUCCAAGUCAAGACUUGAAAUAUACGCAAAAUCAAUUCGAAGAGUUCGUAAAAAGUUUUGAUGAAUGGGAUGGGGUUAUUGGUCGUACUCCAUUUGAACAAGAAUGUAGAAGUGGUUUGACAAAUAACGAUCUUUAUAUAUAUGUUGGACACGGUACUGGUGAGCAGUAUAUUCGAAGUAAUCGUAUUAGAACUCUUGACCGUUGUGCAGUUACUCUGUUAUUGGGUUGUAGUAGCGGUCAUCUAUGUGAUGGGGGAGAGUUUGACCCAUCUGGUACGGCUUUAAGCUAUAUAAUAGCUGGCUGUCCUGCUCUUGUUGCUAAUUUAUGGGAUGUUACCGAUAAAGACAUUGAUCGGUUUAGUAAAGCUCUUUUCAAUAAAUGGAAAUUAUAUCCUAAUGACGUAGAAGUUACUGAUAGUCAUCAAUCCAAAAUUGAUACGACUCCAAGGGAAGAUAUAUCAUUGGUUCAAGCUGUAUCUAUGGCAAGGGACGAAUGUAAAUUGAAAUAUUUAAUUGGUGCAGCGCCGGUUGUCUAUG